AUGGUCGCCCGCCGCCGCAGCCCCGCUAUGCCCAGGCGCACGGUGCGCGUGGCCGGCAGCCCCAUCCAGACCACGGUGACCACGCGGCCGGCCAUCGUGCGGCGAUGGGUGUACGGCACCCUGUGGCUCCAGCGCCGCCGCCUCCGCUCCUCCUCCGGCCUCACCGUCGGCCUGGGCGUGCAGUGGGCGCCGCCCUUCCACAGGUUGCCCGCCGGCGACGAGCCGCGCCCGGGCAUGCUGCAGCUAUGCGUCGGCAACCGCUGCCUCAUCUUCCAGCUCGCGCUGGCCGGUGGCGACGCCGUGCCGCAGAUCCUGCGCCGGUGGUCCGCAGAGCACACCGCGGCGUUCCAGUUCAAUGUGCCUUGUUGA